AUUCAAGAGCUCAAUAGAUGGUGCUUAGAUGGGAUCAUAGAGAAUAUUGUUGAGAGAAGGAGAGGGGAACGAAAUGGAAGAGCCAUUGCUAUGUAGAAGGAAUUUAGAGGAAGAAAAAAGGAAGAUAACAUGGAGCGGAUUCGCAGAGGAGUUAAAGGCGGUGAGCUACAUGGCGGUACCGAUGGUGGCGGUAUCGGUGUCGCAUUACUGUUUGCAGGUCAUAACGAUGAUAAUGGUCGGUCACCUUGGGGAGCUACCACUUUCUGGUUGUGCCUUGGGUGUCUCCUUCGCCAACGUCACCGGCUUCAGCUUUAUUUUUGGAAUCGCCGGUGCACUGGAGACUCUAUGUGGGCAAGCUUAUGGAGCUCAACAAUAUCAAAAGCUCGGAUCUUACACCUACUGUUCAAUACUUUCCCUCUAUCCCAUUUGUAUCCCGAUAUGUUUUUCUUGGAUAUUCAUGGACAAACUGUUAGUAUCACUGGGUCAAAAUCCUGAAAUCUCAGUGGAAGCUGGCAGGUAUGCAAUCUGGCUCAUACCUGCACUGCUUGCAUACCCGAUUCUCCAGUCAUUGAUUCGAUAUCUUCAGUGUCAAAGCUUGGUUCUUCCCAUGUUCUUGAGCUCAUCUGCAGCUGUACUUCUCCAUACAUGUCUUUGUUGGAUUCUAACGUACAAAACAAGCAUGGGAAUAGCUGGAGGGGCUUUAUCAACCGGUUUAGCUCUCUGGUUUAAUGUAACAUUGCUUGUUAUUUACAUGAGGUACUCUUCAGCAUGUGAGAAGUCUCGUGCUUUCGUCUUCAAGGACGUUCUCUCAUGCGUCAAAGAGAUCUUUAGCUAUGGAGUCCCUUCUGCAGCAAUGAUUUGCCUUGAAUGGUGGUCAUUUGAGCUGCUUAUACUGUUAUCUGGACUUCUACCGGAUUCAAUGCUUGAAACUUCGGUUCUUUCAAUAUGCAUGACAAUCACCACAUUACACUUCUUUGUACCGUAUGGGAUAAGCGCUGCUGCAAGCACAAGGGUUUCGAAUGAAUUAGGAGCCGGAAAUCCAGAAGCAGCUCGAUUGUCUGUAAUUGUUGCAACAGUAAUUGGAUUAAUCGAGCCAAUCAUGGUGGUCACCGUCUUCCUUUCAUGGCGCCAUGUCUUUGGAUACAUCUUUAGCAAUGAAGUGGAAGUCGUCAAUUAUAUUGCACAAAUUAUUCCUCUGCUUUGCAUUUCUGUUUUCAUGGACAGCUUACAAGCUGUAUUAUCUGGCGUGGCAAGAGGAACUGGGUGGCAGCAUAUUGGUGCCUAUGUAAAUCUGGGAGCAUAUUACCUAGUGGGAAUUCCAGUAGCAGCUUGUCUGUGUUUUGUUGCAAAGUGGAGAGGGAAGGGGCUUUGGACCGGGAUCGUGUCCGGUACUACUGUUCAGGCAUUGGUGCUUGCGAUCGUCACUGCCUCUAUUAAUUGGCAGAAACAGGCAAACAAUGCGAGGGAAAGAAUACAGGAGAAACCAGUCAGAGCAAAUAAUGGAGCAGCUUAAAGGAGCUUAAGAACAAGGCAAACUGCCGCUCUAAAUUAGACUUCGUCUUUGGUUUGUAGUGUUUGCAUUUUCUUAAAUGUACAUUCUUGAUUUUGCAUGGUUUGCAUCAUUUUGAUAUAUAAUAUUAGUGA